AUGGCACUUGAAAUUAAUCAUUUUGCUCGCCUUGGGAUCAAUGUUGGGGCCAGUGAGAAUGAAAUUAAGAAAGCAUAUAGGACUUUAGCCAAGAAAUGGCAUCCAGAUAAAAACAAAGAUAUUCGAGCAAAAGAGACAUUUCAAGAAAUUGCUGCAUCAUAUGGAUUUCUUUCUAGCCCAGAUAGACGAGAAAUGCAUGGCAGAGAUUUAAAUAAAGCAGCAGCAGAAACAACACAACCAAACAAGCAUAGCAAUAUGAGAACAGCCAAGCAAAGCACUGCUUCAGCACCAUCUCCAGAGAAAACAAAACAUUCUAGUAGCCCUUCAUGGUCACAGACUUUCUCUCAAAACUAUCAAGAUCGACAAAGAAGGGAAAGUAAUUAUCCCAACAGAAAGACAUUUUUUUUCACCAGCACACUUGAUCCAGCCCAAGGGGUAAAUGAGUUAGGACUACCAAAUAAUAAGCAUUCUGUUUGUCAUUUUGAAAUGCAUGUUUUUGCAGAAUCCAAAAUAGGAAAACUAAUGAAACCUAGUUGUAGAGCCAACAAGAAACAACAACAGAGACAUGUAGCACCAGAGACUGGAGAUAUUACUGGCUUAGAUACUGCCUAUUUUUUCUCACCACGGCAACAGGAGACAGAGAGGUGUGGCAAGUUUGGACUCAGUGCUGACGAAGAUGAGGACAGUGAUUCUGAUGAUGGACUUUUGACCCAGUUUAAACAAACUGGCCAUUGCAGCAUGCCUGUCUGGCAAUACCAGCACGAGCAGCUGAUGAGGCAAAUUCAUCAUGACAAGGCAAACUACAGGAACCAAGUCACUCUCUCUCGGCACUCACCUCUAGUACUUUAUGGUUUAAAAUCUAAUCAACACCUGUCAAACUCUGCCCCCAAACAUAUACUAACUAGAGCAUGCGUGUGA